CCAGAUCACAAAAUCACUCAAAUUAUCAGAAAAAUUCAAUCUUUAUUGUUUUAAUUCAUCAGAAAUUAUGCAUUCGUCGCUGUAUUAUUCGGAGCAGGCGAACCUGCAAUUUCCGGAGCAAGAAUACCCGAAAUGCCCCCGGUGUGAUUCCGCCGACACCAAAUUCUGCUACUACAACAACUACAACCUCUCCCAACCGCGCUACCUAUGCAAGAGCUGCAAACGCUACUGGACCAAGGGCGGCGCGUUGAGGAACAUCCCCGUCGGCGGCGGUGGCGGAGGCUCUAGAAAGACCGCCGCGAAGCGCACCUCCUCCUCCUCCCCCGCCUCCCCCUCCGCCGCCAAACGCCCUGCUUCAGCAGCCGCGGCAGUAUCGGCAUCUAACGACACCAGUAACAGCAGCAGCAGCAACAACGGCGGCGGUGGUGGAAUGGGUGAAAAUUUGAUUUUUGGGGGGCAGUUUGGGAAUUUUAUGGAUGCAUGUGGGAGUUUCAAGGGAGAGUUUGGUAAUUUGCUUGAUGGGCUGGAUGACUCGAGUUUGCUGAUGAGUGGUGGUGAUCGUCGGCGGCAAUUUGGUGAUCCGGGUUCGGGUCGGAAUUCGGAUCCUCUAAACGGGUUGGAGAGUGGCGGCGAUGCUGAUGGAUUCUUGAACAUUCACGGCGGCGGCGGCGGUGGCUGGCCUGAUCUUUCUAUCCACACACCUGGGUCCACUUCUCAAUAAUAUGAAGCUGAUUAAAUUCACAAAAAUAAGAUUUUUAUUUUUUAUUUUUAUUUAUUAGUGGGGCUAUAUUAAUUAAUCUCGACUAUUAAGGAAUCUAAUUAUGAUUGUAUAAUUACGAUGAAUUUAAAUUAUAUUUUAUUAAUAUUAAUACUUUAGUACUUUACUAAAAGAACAAACAAUUUUGACACUAUGUGAUUUUUGAUUCUAUUUUAAUAUUGAAGCAUUGUUGGUUCUUUU